CUUGCUCUCAUCGCAUCGUCGCUGUUUUCCCCCUCAGCAUCCAAUACCAUCCCUCAUGCACCUGCCAGGCAAAAAGAAAAAAGAAGCAGAAAAGAAAAAAGGCGAGAACGCACCCGUCGCUUCUUACAACUCUCACAUCCCGUGCGGGAUUUCGGAGCUCGGCGUUUAUUUUUCCCUUUUGAGGGUGGUUGUAUCUGCGUUUGCGUUGGCCAAUUUGGUGGUAAGUCGGGGUUUGUGAUUUCCAUUUGCUUAUUCGAUUCGGGUUGGUUGAUUGUAGAUGCUUGGGGGGUGGGGGGAGAAAGGGAAGGGAGGCGAAGGAGCCCAGGAGAGUUUCUCGUGUUAAGACAUAUAGGGAAAGGAAUCCCCCCCCCCGCCCCUCUCGCC